UACCAAAGCGUAGAAUAUAUCAUUGUGUUUUUUGUUUCACUUUCUUUUGUAUUCCUCUUUUAAACCCGCCGAUCAGUCUACAUUUAUUCACAUUAUUAUGGAUCCUAUCCCGAGAUCCCAGCAUCUCUUCGACGUCUUCCUCCGCCUACGGCCGCCCUAUCCAGGAGGCGCACAAUCCGAACGCAUUCUCGACGUUGAGCAACCUGAACACAGCCCGCAUCCGACACACAUUACGCUGAACCCACCGCCAGAUCGGCGAAAGGCCGUUGAAAAAUUCGGCUUCACGCAGAUAUUUGAGGAGGAUGAAGACCAGCUCGAUGUGUUCCACUGCACGGAUACCUCGUCGCUGAUUGAAGGUAUCCUGGCACCUGAAGGUGGUGACGGCACCGACGCUGUGAUUGCUACUCUCGGAGUCACCGGCUCAGGCAAGACACACACGAUUCUUGGCAACCGACACCAGCGAGGCAUAGCUCAGCUCGCAACCGAUGUCAUUUUCCGAUCGAUCAGCGAGAAUAUGGUCGAAUCAGCCCAGUCGCCGACCCUCGAUUCUCUACAAGCUUGCGAUGCGUCUGAAUCCACGCUCGUCACGGCAACACACUUUCUCGAUACCAUGAGCGCAGACUCAAUGCAGGCAACUCGCGGUGGCGGAUCCAGGUCAACUACGCCGAUGAUGGGCGAAAGUGGUAGCCUCGGUUCCAGCUCUGGCCAACGACGAACUUUACGCCGCCAUUCGAACUUCCUAAUGUCGCUUCCUAGUGGUCCGGAUGUCAGCGAUUUCGUAGUACCCUGCGACCCCGCCGCCGAAUAUGUCGUUGUCGUGUCCAUGUACGAAGUUCACAACGAUCGAAUCUACGACCUCCUCACCCCCGCGAGCAAAUCACCGUCCACCAAGGAGCUCCGUCGCCGACCCCUUCUAUUCAAGCCCACGGAGCAUUCCCCUGACCGUAAAGUGGUCGCCGGCCUUCGGAAAGUAGUCUGUACCGACGUCAGAGAAGCCAUCCUGGUCCUUGAGACUGGCCUGCAGGAAAGGCGAGUGGCCAGUACAGGGAGCAAUAGUGUCUCCAGCAGGAGCCACGGCUUCUUUUGCUUCGAAGUUAAGAAGAGAUCCUUUGGAUGGAGGAACAACUCUUGGAGCGGAAGCAAGCUUACAAUUGUCGAUCUUGCGGGGAGUGAGAGGGCAAGGGACGCAAAGACCCAGGGCGCGACCCUGGCAGAGGCGGGGAAGAUUAAUGAGAGUCUCAUGUAUCUGGGACAAUGUCUCCAGGCCCAAAGCGAAGCCAGUGGGUCUAGUAAACCCAAUCUCAUACCCUACAGACAGUGCAGACUUACGGAAAUCCUCUUUUCCAACUCCUUCCCUUCGGCGCCAACGAAUUACAGCCACCUUCCUAGCCGAAACCCUCAAAGAGGUGUCAUGAUUGUCACAGCAGACCCGCUGGGCGAUUUCAACGCAACUUCCCAGAUCCUUCGGUACAGCGCUCUCGCUCGGGAGGUGACUGUUCCCCGUGCUCCAUCAUUCAGUGCUGGCAUGCUGUCGCCAGGAGGUAACGGGCAUGCCGCGCCGAGGUCGUUUGGCAACAACGGCUUUGGCUCGGUGAGAAGCCACUUUUCACCUGUCACUGCUACCGACGAAAGAGUUACGAUGGAAAUCGCCGCGCUGGAAAUUGCCAGGAUGAGUGACGAGAUCGAGCAGCUGCGCGGCGAAAUUGAGGUGCAGAGCGAGGCUCGUAUUGCGGCUGAGGCUCACCUCCUUAGUGCGGAGGAUCGAAUGAUUGACAUUGAAGCCGCCGUCCGAGAAGAGUGCGCACUUGAAUUUGAGCAGCGCCUUGCGGUCGAACUCGCUCGAUUCAAAGCAUCGAUGCAAAUCGAAAAGGAGCGGCAUGAAGAGCACUGGGACCGCAAAGUCGACAUCUUGGAGCGCAGUCUGGAUAGUGGCACUUUUGAUGAGGAUUUCGACAAGGAGAAUGUUUUGGUGGAGAAUCUGACGCAAGAAGUCGAGCGUUUGCGGCGCGAAAACACGAUCCUCAAGAGGGAGCUCUCGAGCCGCAGCCCAAGUAAGCGGAAACCUCUGGAAGAGCGCGAGGACUUCUCCAUGGCCGGCGAUUCUACGCCCAAGUUGAAGUCUGAUAGCGUAUCAAGCCUCAACCGUAAGCUGGAGCGCCUCAAGGUCGGCGAUGGUCCUCGGCUUCAUGCCAACCCUGGUAGUCCCAAGAAGGUGCGCAGACUGGUUGCAAGGCGCUGGGAAGAUUCGGAUGGCCAUUAAAGCCAGUGGAGCUUCUUCUUGUAUAACUCUUCUUCCUGGAAAUUUUGGGACUGCUACUUGGUGAUAAUUUAAAAUGACGAUACCACGGCCUCCACGCAAGAGAAAAAGAAGGGCAGUGUGGUGUUUGGAGAAAGGGAUGGAUACCCAUGGUUUAACGACUUUUAGAGAUGUGGGAUUGCCGGUUUUGGGGUGUUUGUUUGUCUUUUUGUCUCUCUUUUUUUUUUUUUUCUUGAUUCAAGUGUAUAUUGGGUAAAUAGCAUAGUCAUACUAUUUUUGUUAAAAUACAGCAG